UGAUGCCAGCUAUGUAAAUGCUGGGACUUAAAGCCAGCAUGUCAUCAGACAACAUUGCACACUCUGGAGACAACUCCAGCUGUAGCUGCAUAAUGACUCAUUCUGCACAAACAUAAUCUCCACACUGUUAGUGCUCUUGUAAGAUUCCAGGUCACAUCAACGUUCUACCUUCUUCACCCCAGGAGGGGCUUUAUUGGAUUAACUGAUUGUUGGGUUUUGCAUCCUCCAGUGAGGAGGAAAAGUGCAAGAGAGGAGAUAAGACUUGUAUCAGUGAACAGAGGAGACAAUGCUCCUCUGCUGUUUAAAACAGUAACGAGCAGUUCCGUGGGGCGUGGACAUUAUGGGCAGCCGACCCAGCAAGUGCAGGCACCAGAACAUGACCAUGAUUUCAUCCAACCCAACCAACCAACUCUCUCCAGAUAUUAGCAAAGUUAUGACGGUAGUGGCACUGUAUAAUUACCCGUCAACAUCUGAUACUGAACCUGUUAUUAGUGUGGGCGAGAGACUGAAUGUUGUUAGCGAGGAAGGCGAUUGGUGGAAAGUGGUGUCCUUGGCAACUGGCAAAGAAUGUCACAUCCCUUGCAAUUAUGCGGCCAAGGUGUAUCACAGAUGGCUGUUUGAAGGUAUCAGCAGAGAGAAGGCAGAGGAACUGCUUCUGUUACCUAGCAACCGGUCAGGGGCUUUCAUGAUCAGAGAAAGUCAGACCAGAAAAGGUUCCUAUUCAUUGUCUGUUCGACGAUCCAACAAUGCAUCAUGGGAUUCCAUCAAACACUACCGCAUUCAUCGCCUACCCAACGGCUGGUUCUACAUCUCCCCUCGGCUCACUGUCCCAUCUCUGCACGAUAUGGUGGAUUAUUAUUCAGAAUGUGGUGAGGGACUGUGCUGCACUUUGAAGGAGCCUUGUCACAUUCAGGGACCUCGCGUGGCCCAGCAACAUCACCCAGACCCUAUCAUGGUGCAGAAUCCUCAGCUCAACUGGAACGAAGUGGACAGCUCUGUUUUGAUCAGUGACAACAAGGAGUCGGGAGAGGAGUCACCCGUCAGUAUGGGUCUACGUGAAGCCAUCAACUCUUACUUGUUCAUGACAGAGGAGAUGGACCUCGAUAAGAUGAGUGACAAAACAACACGUUUGAAAACACUGCAAGCCCGAUUACAGAGCAGCCAACGACAUGUUAACCUUAACACGAUGGGGAAUCUCGGUCACCUCAACUUCAACUCAGCUGGACUUUAACCCCAAAACGAGAAGAACUCAGGAGGGUGGCUGGUGUGGACAUCACUGUAUUCUCUUUAAGUUAUUUACUGUGGUCAGUUAAGCUGCACUUUGUUCCUUUUUGUUGCUCUUUUUAUUUACGUGAAUGGGUCAUGUGGCCCAUUGCUCUCAGUGUUACACUAUGGAGGAAAGGUUUAACUAAGGUUGCCGGGUCGAGCUGGAUAUAUUUGGAAUGGUUCCAUCAAGUCGGAGUUAUCAUGCUCAGACCCAGUCAAACAUCCCUCUUUUCGGCCCCAUCUCCAAUGUUGUUUUGUUCUUUCACGGGAUGAGGGUGACCCCAGCUGGGCCAGCAUUUCUUGCCCAUUGCUGGUUGCCCUCGAGAAGGUGGUGGUGAGCUGCCUUCUUGAUCCACUGGUGUCAUUGCGCUGUGCGCACCCUCCCUUGCCAUAAGGGAGAAUGUUCCAGGAUAUUGACCCAGUGCCAGUGAAGGAAUGGCGAUACAUUUCCAACUCAGGAUGGUUCCCAGGUCCGAGUUGAGGCAUUGCUCAGGUCACCUGAUGCACUCCACCCACCUACUACGGUGGCUUCAGUUUAGACUGCAGAACCUGCUGCUGGUCUCUUGGUAAAACUUACCACAUUUUUACUCCAUCAUGGCUGAUUUUGCACCCUGUCCCAAUUUUACUUUACGUUGCCAUUAAUCAACAAAGAGCAAUAUUCGGAGAAAGUGAGGACUGCAAAUGAUGGAGAUCUGAGUCAAAACGUGUGGUGCUGGAAAAACACAGCCG